GUGUGUGUGUGUGUGUGUGUGAGAGGUUCCACCUCUCCUCCCUCAGUGAGAGGAGCGCAGAGAGAGGAGCGCUUUCACAUCUCUCACACACUCUCUCGCUCUGGCUCUCGCGCUCCGGCUCUCGCGCUCUGUUCGCUGGGCUGAGGAGGAGGAGGGAUGCUGCUGAAGAACCCGGCCGCCUCUGAAUCCUGACUGUAGCAGAACCGGCCGGCUGAUCCACCGGCGCUACAGAUGCCGCUCAGGAUCCGUCUACAGCAGCGUACAGGAAUCAGGCGUCUGUAAGCAGGCCUGUUGGCAUCAGGACUCUUCCCGGGAGGAAUUUCUGGCGGUUUGUUCUUUACCCCGCGUCUCGGCGGGGGUUAUCUUGGCCCCCGGUCUGCGAUGGUUUGACAGCAGCAGCAGCAGCGUCUCUCCUGCAGUGCCCUUCCUGAAGGGGAUCCAGAGAGGAUUAUCCGGCGGAUGAUGCGUCAGGAGGAAGCAGAGGAGAGGCCGUGUGUUUAUCUUUCACGCUCGUGUCACAGCCAGCCCGAGAGCGGGUCAGGGACAGCCCGCCGCUCACACUCCCGUCACGGCUAAAGAGAUGAAACCCAGCCCUCGCCUUCAGGUCUAGGAGAGGACAGGAAGUCAAUAAGCUGGACUAUGAGUCUAAAAGAUGGCUUUGGUGGAACCGGCUGGCCUCGGAGAGCCGGGAACUUCCUGCUUCUGUCCGUGUCGCUGGUGGUGCUCCAGGUUCGGGCAGACCUGGCGUUCUCCAGGGACAUGCACUACUCCUGGAAGACAGGUCAGUGGGGGCGGUGUAUGGGGGAGGAGUGUGGUUCGGGUGGGGUUCAGACCCGGACGGUGUGGUGCGUUCACUCCGAGGGCUGGAGCACACACCACUCCAACUGCAGGCACCUGGAGCGUCCCGAGAGCCAGAGGCCCUGCUUUAAAGUGUGCGAGUGGCACCAGGACCUGUUUGAGUGGGAGGUUUCAGAGUGGGGCCCGUGCUCCCUCGCCCCCCUACCGUCCAAUGAGCUGCUGAGGUGUAUCACAGCUCAGCACGGUGUUCAGAGGCGUCAGGUGCGGUGCGUGAGGACGGCGAACGGGACGUCGGUAACGGAGCGUAUCUGUGAGUUCUUCUCUCCUCGGCCGGCGCUGGAGCAGGCCUGUCUGAUCCCCUGCCCGCUGGACUGCGUGCUCUCGGAUUUCUCCUCCUGGUCGGGCUGCAGCAGGACUUGUGGAGUUGGGCUCCAGCACAGGACCCGGCGGGUUCUGGCCGCUCCGAUGUACGGAGGCUCCGGGUGCCCGAAUCUGACCCAGACGCGACCCUGCGGCCUCCAGCUGCCCUGCCUGAACGCCGCAGAGCAUCGCUACAGCCUGAAGGUGGGGCCGUGGAGCGAGUGCAGGACCCCGCAGCACAAAGACCUGUGGCUGAACGGCAGGACCACGCUGGACUUCAGCGCUGGAGAUACGGAGAGGAACACGGUGAAGAGACACGUCAGAGAGAACCAGGAUUAUCAACAUCCACAACAGCAUCAGCACCACCACCACCACCACCACCACCACCUGACCAAGACUCUGGACAUAGAGGUUGGGUAUCAGACGCGGCAGAUUCGCUGCAUGGCCGGCGACGGGAAGAAUUCGAUGUUAAGUCUGUGCACACAGGACGAUAGCCCUGGGACCUUCCAGUCCUGUGUAAUGCCGCAGGACUGCCAGACCUCUGACUGGUCCUCCUGGACUCCGUGCUCAAAGACCUGCAGAGCUUCUGAUUUGUCGCCUGGUUUCCGGGUCAGAAGUCGAGUCAUAACUCAUCCCGCGAUUGGCCGAGGAAAAGAAUGCCCCGCCCUGGAAGAAAAGGAGGCCUGCAAUAUUAUCGGCGACCUGCUUCCGAAAUGUCCCAGGUACGUGUGGAGGAGCACAGCGUGGGGGGAGUGCAGCGUGGCUCCUCUCCUGGGGCAGCAGGAGCGCAGGCUGGGGGACACAGGCAGUGCUCUGUGUGGGGGGGGCAUCCAGACCAGAGAGACGUACUGCACCAUGCUUACAGAGCCCAACGCCUCGACCAAUCACAGGAGAGACGUGUCCAGGCCGGUCAGUAGUGAUCUGUGUGAUGGACCCGUCCCCUCGGCGGUUCAGUCCUGUUCCCUGCACUGUCCUCAGCCCUGCCUGCUCUCACUCUGGUCCUCUUGGGGAUCCUGUCUCCACGACAACUGCCUGGAGUCUCAGGGGAGGAAAGGUUUCAGACAGAGGCGCAGGAAGCUGCUGGGGGAAGAAUCCGUGAACACAGAGAGCUGUCCUCACCUGCUGGAGGCCAUUCCCUGUGAGGAUCCAGUGUGUUUCCAGUGGAGAGUUCUGGCUGAGGGGGUUUGUGUUCCUAAAGCAGGAAGCUGUGGAUCCGGCAGCAGAACCCAGACUGUGGCCUGCGUCAACUCACAAGGUGAAUCUGUAGAGGCGGAGCUUUGUGAAGACCCCCCACCCCCUGCAGAGCUGGCCUGUGAGAUGGCCUGUCCUGGAGACUGUGUGGUCAGCUCCUGGUCUGAUUGGUCCUCCUGCUCCCAGUCCUGCACCAGUAAGAAUUCAGAGGGCCGGCAAAGCCGAAUGAGAACCAUCCUGGCCUUACCUGGGGAAGGAGGUAAGUCCUGCCCCCCUGCCCCGGCUCUGGAGCAGUGGAGGUCCUGUAAUGAUCACCCCUGUAUGGUGUUCUACUGGGAGACGUCCCCCUGGGGGCCGUGCGGCGAGGACCCGGCCGCUGCUCUGAACAGCAGCAGCUACUGGAACGAAUCCAGCCCCUGCCCAGCCGGGGUUCAAACCCGCAGAGUGACCUGCAUGAAGAUGAACGCGGGACCCGUCAUUCCCAAAAGGUGUCCUGAUUCAGCUCGUCCGGACUCUGAGCGCUCGUGUGUUUUACCCUGUAGGAGAGACUGUAUAGUGACUCCAUUCAGUGAAUGGACGGCCUGUCCCACCUCCUGCCUACCAGCCAACUCCUCCAUCCCGUCGCAGUCUCGCUACAGGACUAUCGUCCAGAGAUCGUCCGGUGGUGGUCAGGAGUGUCCCGACACGCUGUUCGAGGAGCGCGAGUGUGAAGCCCUGCCUGUGUGUCCCACCUACAGGUGGAGAACACACAAGUGGCACUCGUGCAUGCUGGUGCCAGAUUCUGUCCGGCAGGGGAUGAGCGGAGCGGCGGAGUCCUGCGGACGAGGCCUGGAGACCAGAGCUCUGAGCUGUGUGGAUGAGGGGGAGGACCCGGCGGGGGUGUGGGAGUGUGUGAGGUGGGCGGGGCCAAUGCCCCCGCGGGUGCGGAGCUGCUGGGUGCCCUGCAGAGACGACUGUACCUUCAGCUCCUGGAGCAAAUACACAGAGUGCUCAGGGUGUGGGAGCGCACGCAGCCACAAACGCACACUCACAGGUCGCAGUAGGAAGCGAUCGCGCUGCCAGAGGGAGGAUGUUUACCCGCUGGUGGAAUCAGAGCCGUGUCCCUGUGAAGACUUUAUCUCUGAGACGUGGGGAAACUGGUCAGCAUGCAUUUUACCCACCGCGCCUCAGGGCUGGAGGGGCCACAGGGGCCAGAAAUCCCAGGGCUGUGGACAGGGGCUCCGGUACCGUGCUCUGACCUGCACUGACCAGAGGGGGCGCCUGAUGGACCCUUCACUCUGCAGCACCUCAGGGCUACUGGAGGAGCCGUGCCACAUCCCAUGCCCCUUAGACUGUCGCCUGAGUUCCUGGUCUGCCUGGUCAGCCUGCAGCGCCUCCUGUGGUAGUGGCCUGAAGGUGCGCUCCAAGUGGCUUCGUGAAAAGCCCUUCAAUGGAGGUCGGCCAUGCCCCAAACUGGACCUCAAGAAUCAGGUGUAUGAGGCUGUACCGUGCCGCAGUGUGUGUGGUGUGUAUGAGUGGGUAGCAGAGCCGUGGUCAUUCUGCUCCAUAAACACUGUGGACCAGCUACCGGCCUGCGGAGAGGGAGUACAGAGCCGGAAGAUACGGUGUGUGUUGAGGGACAGUGAUUACUCCAGCAGUGUGAACGACUCCCUGUGUGACGCUGAUGAAAUGCCACUGCAGGCUCAGACGUGCGUGUUGCCGUGUCCAGGACACUGUGUGAUGUCGCCGUGGAGUCACUGGAGCUCGUGUCCUGUGUCGUGUGAUCCGAACACCGUGAGGACGAGGAACAGGCAUAUGCUCCGCCCCCCUGCUGGUGAAGCCGUGUGUCCGGAGAGUAAUCAGACGGAGCCGUGCAUCAUCAACAGCAACUGCUUCACCUACCAGUACAAUAUCUCAGGCUGGAGCAGCUGUAUGCUGAGCGAGAGCGCGGUGUGUGGCGAGGGCCGGAGGACGAGGCUGCUGGACUGCACUCGCAGUGACGGCCAUAUGCUGGACCUGAGCGUAUGUGAGGAGCUGGGAUUGUCUCAGCCAUGGACUCUCAGUGAGCUCUGCCAGGUGGACUGUCCCGUCAGCUGUGUCCUCUCUGAGUGGUCACCGUGGACGGAGUGCUCACACACCUGCGGGAACCAGGGUGUGAUGUCCCGGUCUCGGCGUGUCCUGCAGGAGGCUCAUGAUGAGGGCCGGCCGUGCCCCUCUCAGCUGUCCCAGACUAAACCGUGUCCCGUCAUGCCCUGCUUCAGCUGGCUGCUCGGAGACUGGACGCCCUGCAGGGUGGAGGGAGCUGAAUGUGGUGAAGGUCUGAGGCAGAGGAACCUGUCCUGUGUGGUUCACUGGGGGCACUGGCCCAAUUCCUCCGGCCCAAGACCCGACAGCCUUGGCCCAGCUACCGUAGUGGAGGAGGAGAAAUGUGGUGAGCGCCUCAGCAGAGAGAGUGCACAGGAGCUGCAGCAGUCGUGCUUCGUCCCCUGUCCAGGAGACUGUCACCUGAACGAAUGGUCACCCUGGAGCUCGUGUCAGCUGACCUGUCUGGAGGGACGUAGUUUCCAGUCGGUGGGUCAGCAGGCUCGCUCACGGGCGGUGGUCAUCCAGGCCUUGGAGAACCAGGACAGCUGCCCGAGCCAGAUGUUCGAAACACGAACCUGCAAAGGUGGAAAGUGCCACAGUUAUGAAUGGAGAACCAGCCCAUGGAACAACAAUGAGAGGACAGUUUGGUGCCAGCGCUCAGACGGAGUCAACGUCACAGGCGGGUGCUUCCUGCCCGGCAGGCCGGCGGCCGUGCGUCACUGCCACCCCCCCUGCACCAAACCCUUCUCACACUGCAAACAGAGCGGUGUGUGUGGAUGUGAGAAGGGCUACACAGAUGUGAUGACCACACACGGCUUUCUGGACUACUGCACGAAGACCCCCGGAGGAGACACCAGAAAGGCGGAUGUGAAGACCAGCUCGGGGAGGAUAAAGCCAGGCCCCUCCCACAUCCAGGACUUCUUUAGCGAAUGGUCCCUUCAGCCACUCAGCCCAGACGGAAGGAUAAAGAUGUGGGUGUACGGGGCCACAGCUGGAGGCUUCAUUCUCAUCCUCUUCAUCAUCGCCGUGUCCUUUCUCUUCUGCAGCAGACCCGUUAAACAGAGCAAGAGCCCAUCUGCCCCUCAGAAGGCCCUGGCUUUGGCGUACGAUGGAGACGUGGACAUGUGACGGAUGUUUAUUCCUUUGUUUUUCUUUUCUUCGGGCCUCAAAAAAACACACAACGAACUGCGGGGAGCAUCUCAAACCAUCGCUCUCUCUCCCAGGAGACCUUCUGAAUUCUCCCCAAAAAUAGCCCAUCGCGGCGGAGACGCUGCAGCCUGCAGAGCUAUCUCUGACGUCAGGAAGGCGAGCGCUAACCUUUAGGAGGUUGUUUUGACAGCUUGAGCUGCUUUGUUUACACGGACAGCGAGGAAAAGGAAAGUUGCGGAUCAGCGCUCACUGGAAUACCACCACAUUCAGAGAGGAUGCAGCGACUCGGGCAGUGACAUUCCAUAGACCAGGAGACUCUUUGAACCUUGGUUUGAGUUUUCUUACAUCCGAGAUAAAAGACAAGACAAAGAAAAAAGAGAAAAAAAAAAGGAAAAACUAAAAUACCAUCGGAAGGGCAUUCCAAGUUACUCCUCUUCUUUCUGUCCGUUGCACAAAAUGACCAAACUGUAACUGACUUCGACUCUGACGAAACCAACAAAUGGGAAAAAAAAAUGGGUUUAUGCACUAUAUUAGUGCUUUUUUUUCAUUUCAUUUAUUUAUUUAUUUAUUUUUCAGACCGGUUUUUAGUGGAUUUUUUCAGUGUAAUGCAAGACUUUAGCUGUGAACAGGUGUCCUUCCAUCCGUUUAUGCCAUAUGAAUGUGUGUCUGUGCAUCAUGAACCAAAACUCGCGUCUGGGGAGGUCUUUAUUCGGCCUUUGUUUCUUUCUGCCAUUCUGCCCCAUUCUCUCCAGCACCAGCGGAUGAAUCUGCCUGAACAGAGGGACAUGCGUAAAAGGUGAUUUUUGAGCAACAGUAUGUGGACUGUAGUUUGUAAAACAAUUCUAUUUCAAGCCAUUUUAUUUCAAGUCAUAUGCAAGACAAGCUGGGAGAUUUACAUUGUGAAAAAGUGCAAAAAAAUACAUCAAUUUAUAAAAGAACAAUGAUAAACAAU